AUGAGUGAUUCUGAUUUUCAACAGGUUACUGAGUCGGCUACCAGAACGACAGAAAACACCCACAACCCAUAUGGACCCAAUCCUGCGGAUUUUCUGUCGAAUGUUAACAGUUUCCAGCUGAUAGAUUCGACGCUGAGAGAAGGUGAACAGUUUGCCAACUCGUUUUUCAGCACUGAGAAAAAAAUCGAAAUCGCCAAGGCAUUGGACGACUUUGGUGUGGACUACAUCGAGCUCACGUCUCCGGUAGCUAGUGAACAGAGUCGCAGCGAUUGCGAAGCCAUCUGCAAAUUGGGCUUGAAAGCCAAAAUUCUAACACACAUCAGAUGCCACAUGGACGAUGCCAAGGUGGCCGUAGAGACCGGUGUGGACGGUGUGGACGUGGUUAUCGGGACAUCCAAGUUCUUGAGACAGUAUUCGCACGGUAAGGACAUGAACUAUAUCGCCAAGAGUGCCAUCGAAGUGAUCGAGUUUGUCAAGUCCAAGGGCAUCGAGAUCAGAUUCUCGUCUGAGGACUCGUUCAGAUCCGACCUCGUGGAUCUGCUUAACAUCUACAAAACGGUCGACAAAGUCGGUGUCAACAGAGUUGGUAUUGCCGACACUGUGGGCUGUGCAAACCCAAGACAAGUGUACGAGCUGAUGAGAACGUUGAAAACGGUUGUGUCGUGCGACGUGGAGUGCCAUUUCCACAACGACACUGGCUGUGCCAUCGCCAACGCCUACACCGCUCUUGAAGGUGGUGCCAAACUAAUCGACGUUGCCGUUCUCGGUAUCGGUGAGAGAAAUGGUAUCACUCCGCUAGGUGGGUUAAUGGCCAGAAUGAUUGUUGCCGCCCCAGAGUACGUCAAGUCCAAAUACAAGCUGCAUAAGAUCAGAGACAUCGAAAACUUGGUCGCCGAAGCUGUGGAAGUCAACAUUCCAUUCAACAACCCAAUCACUGGGUUCUGUGCAUUCACUCACAAGGCUGGUAUCCACGCCAAGGCUAUCCUUGCUAAUCCUUCCACUUACGAAAUUCUAAAUCCUCAAGACUUUGGUUUGAAAAGAUACAUCCAUUUCGCAAACAAGCUGACCGGAUGGAACGCCAUCAAAUCGAGAGUCGACCAAUUGAAUCUGUCCAUGUCUGACAACCAAGUUAAGGAAGUAACCAGCAAGAUUAAGAGACUUGGGGACAUCAGACCGCUCAACAUUGACGAUGUAGAUUCCAUCAUCAAGGAUUUCCACAGCGAAAUUACUACUCCCCAAUUGCAGAGUUUGAGAAACUCCGAAAUUGAAGACGUUGACGUUGAUGCUAUCGACAUUGUUCAACCUCCUGUCAAAAAGGCUAAAACCGAUCAGUAA